GCUAGUAUGUAGGUGUUGGUAAACCAUUCCUAAGGGUUGCUUGCUGCUGAUAAAACGUAAAAUGGUUUGAUUGUAGAAGCAUAUUUUUACUUAACAGGAAAUAUACUGCAUUUAAAUAAUUUGGCAGAUACAAGAAAGAUUAAUUUUCUCUGUCCUGAUAAGAGUAGAUACACCACGUGUGGUGUGGAUGACGUACAAUUCAGCAGGCAGACUUUUCUUCAGCGUAUGCCUGUGUCAUUCUGGUCUAAGAGAGUUGCACCGUAAUGGAGUGUUAUCAGCAAUGUACAUUCUGAAUCACAAAGAUAUUGCUCAAGAACAUCAAGUCAUUAAGAAAGGUGUUUUUUAAGAUGCUAAUGAAGGAAGAAGAAAAGAUGACUUCUGAAUGCAAAGUUGGAGGAGCACCCAGUGGACAGGCAGUCCUGAAUUAUGGGCAGUAUCAAUACUCCGCAGAAGAGUACCAGGCUAUUCAGAAAGCGCUGCGACAGAAGUUGGGGCCUGGUUACAUCAGCACCAGGCAAGCUGGAGGUGGACAAAAGGUUUGUUACAUCGAGGGUCACAGGGUGAUCAAUCUUGCAAAUGAAAUGUUUGGCUACAACGGAUGGUCUCAUUCAGUUACACAACAAAAUGUUGAUUUUGUGGACCUUCUCAAUGGAAAAUUUUUUGUGGGUGUCAGUGCUUUUGUGAAAAUCUUGUUAAAGGAUGGCUGUUACCAUGAGGAUGUUGGUUAUGGAGUAAGUGAAGGGUUAAAAUCAAAAGCUUUGUCACUAGAGAAAGCCAGGAAAGAAGCAGUCACAGAUGGACUGAAAAGGGCACUCAAGUGUUUUGGAAAUGCCCUUGGUAACUGUAUCAUGGACAAGGAAUACCUGAAAGCAGUAAACAAGCUUCCACGACAGAAUUCAUCUGAGUUGUCCUUAGCAGACACUAAAAGGACAGACUUUGAGCCAUCUGUGGAGAAGGCUAGGUACAGUAGUUAUUUACCUGCGCAGGAUCAAAAACCUGCAGACCAGUCUAGAGAAUGUUUAACGUUAAGUCAUCCGGUACAGACAACCACUGAGCCUGAACAAGAAAGGUCAUCAUCCUAUAACCAAAAGAAAAGUCAAGAAGCGGAUCAUGAUUGCUUGAGAAAAGACCUUGCAGAGGGCACAGUAGAGUUAGACGCAACUCUUCAGAGGAAGCUUCGACAGAAACAACUUCAGCAAGAGUUCUGGGAGAAGAUGGCAAAGCAACAGCAGCAACUAGUAAUUCACUCAUCAUCUGAAGAGUCAACGACUCACAGAGAUGUGAAGUCUACAUCACUGGCCCCUGAGAUAAGUCACAGCACUCCAGUCACAGAAGCAAAGGUAGAAGAAGAGUUUUUAGCAGAUGAUCCAGAACUGUGGGACUUUCCUUUAGACAACGGUCAUACUGAGCCAUUUGCUAGUCGCACUAAACCAGAGCCAUCUUUCCAGUCCAGGAAUUCUUCUACACCCAGACAGAAGCAUUAUAUAAAGACCCGCAGUAAAACUCCACAGGGAGUGAAUGCCCAGCGGCCCAACCAAAUACACACAGGAAACCAACACCAUGUAGCUGAUCACAGCCCCUACAGACAUGGUCAUUUUAUGAAGAAACGAAAGCUAGAACCAACAUAAGGAAAGAGUCGACCAAGCCCAUCUUUAGCUUGUCCAUCCAGUGUACAAACAGAAUUGUUUCCUUUCUGGCCUCAAAAGUAGUCAUUUUGCAUAUUCACAAGGUAAAGAAUGUAAUAUGUGUGGCUUUUUAUUCUGACCCUUAAGUCAACACAUUUUAUUCUAUUUAAAACUCAGUCACAUUGCUAAUCAUUAUUGUAAAAUUGUAUUUACUUUGAGUUGCCAUAUACUGAGGUGUUGUCAUUGCUAUUGUUGGACCACAGUCCAGUUUUGUCAAGUUUCUAAAGUUAAGCUAGCCUUAAGUUCUAGAUGUCCCAUAAGGUGCAUCUGGUUUUUACCAUGACUUCAGAAUACCAGUCUGAUGUUGCACUUGUAUACAUUUAGGAAGACAGCAUUCAUUUGGUUUUAUGUAUAGUAUUUAUUCAAGAAGUAGUAUGACUAGCCUUAAACUCUUACUCUCAGACAAGUGUAUAGUUUUAAAUCUAGAUUUUGUAAGAAUUCUGUUUGCUGUGUUAUAACAUUUAUUCUGAAUUUAAGAAGUGUGAUGUUUUUAAUGCAUUGGUAAAAGCUCUUAAUACUGCAUUUUAAGGUCUGGCAGUUAUAUUCAUUAUAUACACUGAUUGCUACCUUUUAUGUUUUGUAUGUUGUAUGUGAAGUAAAACAUUAUUUUGUACUUUGA